CACUAGGAGUACUAGUGCUAGGAGUAACGGUGCGGUCAUUGUGGAGAUAGGUGAAGCUAGUGGGUAGUGAUCACUCAAAUAAAGUAACUGUGUUCAGCAAUGUCCAGGAGCUGGUUGGAGGCGUUGAGAGUGAUGUCUGGCGCUUGCCAAACGACUUCUAGUGCACCUGACAACCCAUUCUCGCUGGCUACUUUGGGGCACAGGGCCUAGGGAACGUUGUCAGUCGCUGCUGUAAAACAGAAAAUGUCAACGACGCCGCAAGGAAAUACGGGUGAUCAGAGCAUGCUCACUCAGCGCUCACAAAUGUCACACGUGAGUGCCAUGGCUGCUGGCCCCAGCAGUCCAGCGCCAACACGUGGUAAUGUAGGACGACUUGUUCAGCAACUGAACACACACGUUGUUCCCAAGAAACCAGCUGCUGCUGCUGCUGGCUUACCCACUGCACCAAGUACCCAGCCGCAGCCGAAUGCAUGUCCACCACUCACAAAGGGACGAAGCAGUCCACCAACGUCUUCCAGUGUAGCUAGCGAGGCAAAUCGACAUGCAGUCUGUGCAAGUCCAGCAAGCUCUGCUAAAAGUUCUACACCAUCUCCGGGUUCCGAAUCUCCAGCGGCUCAGAAAAGACCUACACUAACUGACAGUCAACAGUGUCCACCAGUCAACAGGACUGCUAGACCAAAGCCACCACCUAUGCCAAAACCAAGGGACAAGCCCCGUGUCAAUGCCAACAAUCAAGUUGUUGUGUCUAUGAAAAGAUCCAAGCCAAGACGUACUGGACUACGUCCGAGUCCCAAGAACAGUCCGCAGAACACAUUAGAAGCUGCGAGCGGUGUUACAUCGCCCGUUCAUCGACGGCCCGCUGGUGCAGGUGGCCCACCUAAGAAACCUUUGCCUGUGCCUAAGCCACGGCCACCCAUGUCCACGACAAGCCAGCCGAGCAUAGCCAUAGCGACGUCAUUUGAUGGUGCCCAUAGGAACUACAGCGUGAGCAAUGAAGGUGCUGGCGUUGGUCAACCACCGCUCAGACCGGAAGAGGUCAUGGCUGCAGCUGCCCACAUCCUAUCUACUGAUAUGGCUAUAAAGAAGCGGCCGGUGAGAAAGCGAAGUGUGAGAAGGGCGCCGAGAGUGACUAUGCAAACUAAGCCUCGCACAACAGCUAGUGACAAUGGUGCUAAGCAUCAGCAUCAGCAUCACGCUGCACCCAUUGUGUAUGAACUAGCAGGAGCCAGCAUUGGACAGCAGCUAGCAGCCAAUGGUAGUGAAUCGUCUGCAUCCUCGGCAACUCCCAGUGAUGACCUGUGCUCUGGGGGGUUACGAAACACCAGUAGCAGCGAAAGUCUGGUAACGGCUACUGCAUCAGGAGCUGCAGGAGUUGCAGCUGUGCAGGAAAAUACCUCUUGUGUCUAUGAAGCCGUGGAGGGCGCGUCACUGCCAAGAGCUCCAUAUCCUUUGAAGAAAGAGCGUGCAAUAGAUGAGGAUGCGUGGGAGGAUGUGGAAACGCCCCCACCUCAGCUGGUACCAACCAACACUAUCACUGGCAACAGUACCCCUGGCAAUAUGGCUAGGUUUAGGAAUAUGGCUGGUAGAUUGCUCAAAGGCCAAGAAGUUCCAGGCAGCGUGAGCAAUCGUUCCAAAAAGCCAGGAGCAGCCAUAGCAGCCGCAUCUGCAUUCCUUCGCCAGUACUUGCCCGGAAAGUCGGUCUCAGACGCUAUGACGUCCCCAGCGGGUGACUGUGAUGGUGGUGAUGCUGAUGUGUACUCUGAUGUAUCAGCUGACGAGUGGGAAGAGGAUGAGGACGAUUCUGUAUACAGUGCUGUCGGUGAAGAGGCGUACAGCUCAGCUCCUGCUCCUGCUUUGACUUUGAUGGCGGCCAAACCGCUGCCACCGAUACCAUCAGAAGAUUAUUCCUAUGCCACCAGAGGAGAAUCAGCACAGUCCCCACCGGCCAUUGGCAAAGAGCGCAAGCAGAUGCGUCCGAAUGAUCCAUUGUUCUACUGUGUGUCCGAGAAUACCGUCCUGGAGACAGAGGUUGUGAUGGCUAACCUUUCCGUCGACAAUGAUCCUCAAGGAACGUAUUCUAUGGUGGGUGAGGACGCACAGCGAACUGCCACUGCUCCGGUCAAGAAAAUAGCUGACGGACCACUGGUAAAGCCACGACUUGUGCCUGUCAGAAGCCAAUCACCUGCAAAAGAGCCUAAGCCAAGUCCAAAACCUAAGCGAAAGCUGCCACAUGGCCCACCAGCUGCACCUUUACAAGGGCCAUGUCGCCUUCCCAAACCAGUGACAGCCUCUAAGCCAUCACAAGUAGCGGGGAAAACGGCUGACAUUGAUAAGCAAGAUGUGUCCGAUAUUGCUGAGAUGGAGGUUGUCAAGCCCAGGAUUGACCAUAGCUAUAGUGAAGUGAAUCUUCGCAACAAGUCAGUGGGUUCAAAACUACAGCCGACUCGACCUCAGUCUAUGGAUUCGUGGGGUAACACUCCACCACCACCAUUGAUGGAACGCAUCAAGACAUCAAGUCUAGACAAAGAUGCUAUGUUCAGUCCGCACGAUUCAUCACCGGAUCAGAACAAUGUUUGCGAGAGCGGUACUUUGACCAACGAUGGUGAAUGGGGUGAUACCGAUACGUUCACUCCCGGCCAUCCACCGCCACGCCAUGCUAGUAUCUCGGCCAGUGAGAAGAGCAUUGAUCAGGAGUUCACGACACUGCUGCAGCGACACCGGGCACGUCAGGGAGCGCAGCCAGCCGUGGAUGAGUGCUCCGAGGACGAGGACGAGCUGACUAGUAACUCAGCCCUGAGUACGAUAUGCAGUGACACGUCGUCAGACAGGGACAACAACAGCAGCCGGCGUGCAGAUACCCUGGACCGGGUUGUGAUCUCGCUGAAAGGUGACCAGCAGCCUGGUGGCUUUAAGGUGCAGUCAUUGCUGAGUUCACCAGUGCCUGGCGGCCAGGCUAGACAACAGUACAUGAAUAUAACACAUCCCUCAAGUGCUGGCAGUGGUGGCGGUGCUGGUGCUGCUGCUGCCCCGUUGCCGCAUGAUCAGCCAGCACAUGAUCAGCCAGCACACUUCUAUCAUGAUCAGCCAGCACACUUCUAUCAGAAUACUGUGCAAGCUACUACAGAGGAUGACCCAAAUGAUCUGUUUGAGUACGGCGAGCUUCCAUUCCGUGGAGAUGAUGGGUCUGUUGCCAUCCGACCUGGUGGUCUCCAAUCCUCAAAGGGAGUUCUUGAAGAAAGUCCACUGAAGUCAGUUCCAAACAAGCACAAGAAACUUAAAGACUGCCUUUCAUCUUCCUUUGGUUUGGAAGAGCCUGCAUUGUACCAGUACGUCUCGGAUCUGAACUUCAAAGGCAAUCCCCUCGAGCCGCUUCACUUUGGCGAUGCUGGAAGCAAUCCAGGACCCAUGGGUGUUGAUGAAAGAGAAGAAGAUGAAGACGACUUUGAAGAUGAUGACAACGCUAUUUAUCAGGGCCUUGACUCAACCACGUAUGAGUGUGUCAGGGGCCUUGCUCCACUGGCACUGGACAAGAAGCUGCGUGAGAGUGUCCGUGAGACAAAGAAGAGAAUGCUGUGGUGUGAGCAGGUCAAGGUGCGUAACAGUGGUAUCCUCAUGAACAUUUCGGAUGAUGAGCGCCACCUUCAGGAGGCCAACUUUGAGGUGAUCACGUCAGAGAUUAGCUACAACCGCAGUCUAAAGAUACUGAUUGACCACUUCAUGGAUUCCCCACUGCUUUCGCCAGAUCUACCGGCUGAUAGACGCAUUCUCAGUAGAGAUAGCUACAAGCAUCUGUUUUCCAACAUCAAGACCAUCUACGAGAUAAGCUCUAGGCUUUUGGAAGCGCUCAAGGACUGCGAGAGUCAGAUGAUUUGUAUUGAGAAUGUCUGCAACACCAUCUAUGACUUUGUGAGGCAAGCAGAGUUCUUUGAGCCCUAUGUAACCUACUGUAAGAAUCAGAUCUAUCAGCUGAGAGAAAUGAAGCGAUUGCAGGAAAGGAAUCCAAGGUUCAAUGAAGUCGUCGCCCAACUAGAAAACGACAAGAAGUGCCAGGGCCUGCCACUCCUGUCAUUCUUCACUCUACCAACUCAGAGGAUUACCCGUUUCCCACUCUUGAUAGUGGCUAUUAUUGACCGAAUGCAGCCUGAAGACAAGAACUAUGAGACAUCGCAGCAAUCACUGGAAUUGACUCAGGCGCUGGUAAGGCGAUGCAAUGAAGCUGCCCGCAGCAUGGAACGAACAGAGCAGCUCAUCGACUUGCAUACGAAGAUUGACUUUGGCAAAGUGAAGCAAUUGGGCCUUGUCUCUUCAUCAAGAUGGCUGGUGAGAAGCGGAGAGCUGUCACUGCUGUCCGUGGAAAAGGCUGUGAUUCGCAAAGGUGCUCGUGUCCAGCGACAGAGCUUCCACCUCUUCCUGUUCAAUGACCUGAUCAUUCUUGCCAAGAAGAAGACUGGUGCAUUGGGCUUGACUUCAAGUGACAGCAGUCCUGGCUACACUGUGUUAGACUAUGCAUGGCGCAGUGCAGUGGAGCUGGAAGACUUGCCUGAUGCACCAGGAGCAGCAGCAGCGCAGACGCCACAGUCUGGCAGCUCAGCACACGGUGUUCACUACGCCGCUGUUCACCCAGCACUCAGUCCACAGCUCUCCAAACAGGACAGCUAUGAUGUCACAACAGUAGUAUCGGCUGCUGGCGCACAGAAUGCAAUGAAACUGGUACUCCUGGAGAAUGCCCACCAGAAGAACGCUGUCUUUCUUCUUGUUGCUCAGAGUCAAUCCGAGAAGUACCGGUGGUUGAAUGCUGUAAAUCCACCUCAGCCCACAACGGAUGGGGAGACCAUUUAUGGUGAAUGGGAUUGUCCGCAGGUGAAAGUCACAUACCCGUAUGCGUCGCGUCAGCCGGAUGAACUCAACUUGUCCGCCGGUGAAGUCAUUAAGGUGUUGCGCAAGAUGGCAGAUGGUUGGUAUGAAGGAGAACGGAUGAGAGACGGAUUUGUCGGCUGGUUUCCAUCGACACACUGCAAGGAAAUUCAGAACGAGCACACUCGAUUCCGCAACAUGCGUCAUCAGUAUCACAUGCAGAAAGCGGAGAAAGGAGACAAGCUGACACCAAUCAAGCCUGAGAAGCCCGUCAACAAGCCCACAAGAAGCCCAGGGAAAUUCCGAAACUCUAUCCUGGUCCGACUCAACUCUGCGGGAGCUGAGAAGCAGUAAUGGCUGUAAGUGCCUACAAGCACACUCUCAGUGAGCCGUUGACCGACAUACCGUUACCAGUGCAUGUGUAUGUUGAGACUGUAGUAAGCAUCUGCUAUGCUAAAGCCAGCAUGUCAGUAUCUACAUUGUGCAUCUAUCUACAUCAACAUGUGACCAUAGCCAAUCAUAGAAGACUCUAAACUGAGAUGGGCUGUCAGCAGACAUUAUGCAUGCUGGCAGACCAGACCUGCCGGCUUAGCGUGGUUUUAUUCACCCGCCAAUGGAUCGCGAUCGUGAACCUCCUAUUUCUAUGAGUGACACCUUUUGACCGGGUAUGGCCAACGUGCAUUGGAUAAGCAUGCUGAUUUCUCUGCUCUUCCACCAGACACUUACUUGGAUUGAUAAUAUUGUUGAGGCAAGGCCCGGCGCCUACAUCACUGCUUACUCGGCUACUUUUUACAGUUUCUUCUUCUUUUGUUUUGUCCAGCGUGAGUCCGCUGGUUUCUUUUCCCAUAAUGUAUUUUGUGUACAGUUUGCGUUGGAAUCUUUUGGCUACAAUUUCUGCUAGCAGUACUCGUACUGCUUAGUAACUGCUAGCAUGCUAUAUGCGUAGCGAACAGAAGAAAGUAAGUGUAGCAAGCCGCUGAGGGAGUACAACUGUACAACUGGCUACAACUACUGUGUCUACAAGAAGCUGGCGUUGCUGCUUCAGUGCCUUAGUGCCCAGCCAUGCACUGUAUCUCUCCGGCGCAUUUCUAGCGGCUCACGUGUACAUAUUCGCAGGGCAAUACUAUUGACACAGUGUACUCCGAGUCAUGGCCUGCACUGCAUGCACUGACACAGCCCGAUACGGCGAUACACUGCCAACACUAACACUGAUGCACUGGCCCUGGGUCUACAGCCGACGGAGAAUUCAGUGCUCAGGAUCAGAGGCGGCAUGCAGCUUUGAGUGAGUUUCUGGUGAUCUUGUUCCUUUCUAUCCUCCGAAGUAAUUUUCUUUCGAUUUAAUUUAUGCUGCUACUUUUGAAAUGUAGUACGAUGUGUGUCAGUCAUGUUGGUGUUCAGUGUUGUGAUCGUUGAGCAUCGUACAGGUGCUAUUCUGUCCUGUACCUAUCAUGUGCACGCAGUUUGAAUACUGUUGAACCGACAACGAAGGCCGAUACGGUGUA